UGAAGAAGGGAAGCGCAGAGGGGUGUCGACGAUGAGAAAGGAAGGGUAGAGGAGAAGAGGAGGGGAGGGAUAGAGGCAUAAUAAUAGUAUAUUAUUACAAGCUUCCAAAUAUGGCGGCCAAAUCUGACGGGGUCUUGAGAAUGAAGAAGAGCGACGUUGCGUUUACGCCUCUGCAGAAUUCGGACCACUCAGGCUCGAUGCAAGGACUAAACCCAGGAUCCCAGCCGGACUCAGCAGGGACAGGGGACGGGGAUUUUGUGAACGGAGAGUCGAGAUGUUGUGGUGGGGGAGGUUCGAGUUCGACGUGCCUUCGACAGAGCAGGGAGCAGCAGCAGAAAUACACGAUAUGGGACUGCAUGUGGAUUUUGGCUGCAGUGACAGUCUAUUUCGCUGAUGUCGGAACCGAUGUUUGGUUGUCUGUCGACUAUUUCCUCCGGCAUGACUACUGGUGGUUUGGGCUAACCCUAUUUUUCGUGGUUCUGGGCUCCUUUUCCGUGCAGGUCUUCAGUUUCCGAUGGUUCGUCCACGAUUUCAGUACAGAGGACGGCUCGGCCUCAGCGGGGACGGGAUCCAGCGGUGGUAUUGGUGCGGCAAACUGCUCGCACAUGGACGGGAACAAACUGCUGAGCGGCUCAGCCUCACAUGGGGACGUAACCGCUCACCACCAGCCGUCAACACCUCAAAGACAGGCCUCAACAACCAGCAGGAACAUCAUAACCAACAGCAACGCCAGCACCGUCGGGAGAUGUAAGAGUAAAAAGAGGUCGGCCGCUUACUCGCUCUUCGUCUGGUUCGCACAGACCGUCAUUCAUGUUCUGCAGCUUGGGCAGAUCUGGAGGUAUUUCCACACCAUCUACCUGGGUUUUCGAAGUCGACAGAGCGGAGAAACCGAGCGCUGGCGUUACUACUGGAGGAUGGUUUAUGAGUUUGCUGAUGUGAGCAUGCUUCAUCUGCUGGCCACCUUUCUGGAGAGUGCGCCACAACUGGUGUUGCAACUCUGUAUCAUCAUUCAGACUCACAAAUUGCAGGCUGUGCAAGGAAUGACAGCAGCAGCUUCCCUGGUAUCCCUGGCAUGGGCCUUGGCAUCCUACCAGAAGGCUCUCCGUGAUUCUCGGGAUGACAAAAAGCCCAUCAGUUACCUGGCGGUCAUCAUCCAGUUCUGCUGGCACUUUUUCACCAUAGCGGCACGAGUCAUCACCUUCGCUCUUUUUGCCUCCGUGUUCCAGCUGUACUUCGGAAUAUUCAUUGUCUUGCAUUGGUGUGUCAUGACCUUUUGGAUAGUCCACUGUGAGACUGAUUUCUGCAUCAGCAAGUGGGAGGAGAUUGUGUUCGAUAUGGUGGUGGGUAUUAUCUACAUUUUCUCCUGGUUCAAUGUCAAGGAAGGGCGCACAAGGUGUCGUCUCUUCAUCUACUACCUGGUGAUCCUAGUGGAGAAUGCAACUUUGAGCACGCUUUGGUACCUCUACCGCUUGCCCCAUACCACUGACGCCUUUGCUGUGCCCGCACUCUGUGUGAUUUUUAGCAGUUUUCUGACUGGUGUAGUCUUUAUGCUCAUGUACUAUGCCUUUUUUCACCCUAAUGGUCCACGCUUUGGACGCUCACUCAGCAGCCAAGCACUUGACUUGGACCCUACUGCACAGUUCUCAACACUACCCUCAGAAGGUGCCACCAACUCACUGCGCUCUAACCGCGGUGGUACCACAACACUUGAACGUGAUAUGGGGAAGUACUCAGAACGGGAUGGUUGUAUGCCAGUGUUCCAGGUGCGUCCCACUGCACCUUCCACACCUUCAUCUCGUGUCCCACGCCUUGAAGAGACCGUAAUCAAGAUUGAUCUUUGUCGGAACCACUACCCAGCUUGGGAACGUCAUGUCCUGGACCGGAGUAUACGUAAGGCAAUCCUGGCUAUAGACUUCUCCCCUACAGCCCCCCGGUUGCAGUACAAAGAUGAUGCUCUGGUGCAGGAGAGAUUGGAGUAUGAGACCACAUUAUAGUCCCACCCUACCAUUACUUGUAGGGGGAAAUUGAAAGGAGCUGUUUGGCAGAAUAAAUCCUCCUAUUGGAUCAACAGCAGCAAGGACUGCAGCAAUAAAUUGCUAUCACAUUCAUAGCCUAUAUCACAUGAAUGGCCCCAGUCGGAAUUGAACCCCUAACCUUUGGCAGUAUCAGUGCUAUGCUUGAGGUAAAUGCCACGAUAACACCAGGCACUCCAGCUGAGCAACAGGAUCAGCCAUCAUGGAUGGUUGUUCCAGGAGAUCUCAGCUCCAGGGGGAAGCCUCAAUGUCAUUCCUACUUCAUCUUAACAUGGAAAAUCCUCUGUAAUGCUAAUUAAAUUGAUAGAAUGGUUUCAAACUAAUUAACCACGCCCACCCCCCAAGGUAACACUUUUUUUUGUUUAGCAUUUGUAAAGGUUGGAGAAGCAAGAAUCCUGUCCACCAAAGUCUGAGAUUGCAACAUAUAUCCAGAUAGGAUCUUUGGUGUGGGGAGCUUCUGUUAUGAAUGCAAUACCUGAUUUCCACUGAAAACUGAAACACCCCUGAUUUUAUAUCAAGUAAUCCCCUUUCUUGUGUUGAAUAGUAGCUGGAAAUCCAGAAUAUUCUCCUACAUAAGAAGGUGAGAAUAAUCAAGGAACUGCUCUACGUCUAAAGCCCAACAGAAGAAUAA